GAGAGAGAGAGAGACGGAGAGAGAGAGAGAGAGAGAGACGGAGACGGAGAAAGGGCGGAUGAUGACGGGUGGAACUUUGACUCUGAGGCUCACCAGCUGUAUCCUGCUGGGCUGCGUGAUGAUGCGAGCCACCGGCUCGGCGAUACCGAUGUGGGAAUUUCUCUCGAGAGAUGAGAAAAUGAGUCACCUGUACGAGCUGUUCAGCAAGCAGGUGGCACGGUUUUGCGCCGACUCGUCGAGGCCGGACUGCAACAAAAACCUGCUGGUGUCGGGCGUGCGGAACCUCGCCGGCAUGGAAGACAGCGUGCUCGACAAGCUGGACCCUUACCAGCGCGGCGCCAGAGACAUGAUUUGGCGCGCCAUGCUAGGCAGCAGCAGAUUCUCCUCGAGAAGCAGCCACGAGUCGGCCGACGAAUCCUACCUGACGACCGGAGCAGAUUCGCCAGCGAGCAGCGGCAGCGAGACCAACGGUCUUGGCGAAGAGACCAUGGCCAACAGCGACUACGUGCCGUCGGCGGCGGAGCACAGCGGGCCGUACCUGGUCGGGCCGAUGGUGAUACGAGUGUACCCGGACGGCCGGCCGGUUCCGGAGGAUCAGGCGCGCCCGCUGCCGCGCGACGACGACGUGGACGAGCUGAGGUUCUCCCGUUUGCCGUCCGUCGAGGAGAUCGAGGCCAACAGCGGCGGCUCGUUUUACGGGAAGGGCGGCAAGGAGGUGCUAGCCGGCGAAGAGCGCCCUCGGCAACAGCUGGCGGUGCGCUUCCGCGGAGGGCCGUUACCCUACGAGAGAAGGGCGAGUCUGCGAGGCGCCGGUUACUACUGACGAGGAGGCCUCCCGUGGGGUCUUCGUGGCCGGGGGAGGAGCGUGUGUGCAUGAUCCCGAGGUCUCGCCGCGCGACGACGGGGGACCUUCCGCGAGAAGAUGUCGCCGAGACGAAGGACGAGAGCGGUUGCGCGCGGAGGACACGCGGGGAAUGAGACGCCUAGGCGAGAGGGGUCCCCCUGCCCCCUUCCCCCCGUGAUUUACGCGGCGCGGCGGCCGCGCUAGCUUGACGAUUGGUCGGCAAUUAGAUCUUCCUCGGAUAACGAGCGCGUCCGUGAAGGAUACGUUCGUAGGAUCGUACGCCGGGACGACGGCAAGGCGAAUAAUCGCCGACCAUGAAUAUCAUUCAGUUGUCACUUAUUUAAUUUCAUUCAUUUGCUAUUUAUUUCAUCGCGUCGAUGUGCGAGAUUGCGCGACUUCCGCGAAGAAGAAGGUCGACGACGAGGCGCCUCGAGAGCCGGAAGAAGGAGAGAAGAGCCCGCCGGCAACGCACGCGGCGGUCGAUCGCGAAUCCGCGGCACGGCGGACUUCGCUACAAGGGAACCGGUAUACCUCGCUGCAAAAUACCGUACGCUGUAUCACCUUAAAUGAUCGUCCAAUGUAUAUUUCGCAAUUAAGGUCUCACGACACGGCCGUGAGCUCGGCGUUGCUCCUUCGGAAAUCACCGCGGUACAUCGCGUCGGCGAUUAAUUACGUAAAUUACACACGCGGACAGCUGACCGAGCAGAGAAA